UGCUCUCCCUUAGACCCGGAAAAACUUUCGGCGUGUGUGUACAUGCAUGGCAAAGUGUGUUUCCGGUAUAACGUGAGUGUAGCUCUGUGUACUGCCUUUUUCUCUUGGCUCUCAACAGAUCAGCCACUCAUUUCAGAGUCCCAAUCCCUCACCUGGUUCUCCAUCUAACAAGCAGCGUAUCUCAGCUCGGUGGACAUGGCAUCUGUUUCGGGUCCAGCUCCGACAGCCCCUGUUCCGGCGUCUCCUUUGCAAAGAGGAAUAGUGAAAAUGGUCUUGUCAGGAUGUGCCAUCAUUGUUCGGGGCCAGCCUCGAGGUGGUCCGCCCCCAGAGCGCCAGAUCAAUCUCAGCAACAUCCGAGCGGGGGCAAUAGCCCGCCGAGCAGCACAAGGCCAGCCCGACACCAAGGACAUCCCUGAUGAGCCCUGGGCCUUCCAAGCCAGAGAGUUUCUCAGGAAGAAGCUAAUUGGCAAAGAAGUGUGCUUCACUGUGGAAAUCAAGACCGCCAUAGGCCGGGAGUACGGCAUGGUCUACCUGGGCAAAGAUACAACAGGGGAGAACAUCGCUGAGUCUUUGGUGAAUGAAGGCCUCGCAACAGUCCGAAGGGAAGGAAUCAGAGGAAACAAUCCAGAGCAGGCGAGACUCUGUGAACUGGAGGACCAAUCAAAGGCGUCCAAGAAAGGCAUGUGGAGCGAGGGGGGCGGCACACACACUAUCCGUGACCUCAAGUACACCAUCGAAAAUCCCCGCAACUUUGUGGACUCCUUGCACCAGAAGCCCAUCAAUGCCAUCAUUGAGCAUGUGCGAGACGGCAGCGUUGUUCGUGCCUUGCUGCUCCCAGAUUAUUACCUGGUCACCGUUAUGCUGUCUGGUGUGAAGUGUCCCACGUUCAAAAGGGAAGCAGAUGGAACAGAAACACCGGAGCCAUUCGCAGCAGAGGCCAAAUUCUUCACAGAGUCCCGGCUUCUGCAGCGAGAUGUUCAGAUCAUUCUGGAGAGCUGUCACAACCAGAUCAUACUGGGAACCAUCCUGCACCCGAAUGGCAACAUCACAGAGCUCCUGCUGAAGGAGGGCUUUGCUCGCUGCGUGGAUUGGUCCAUGGCGGUUUACACCCAGGGAGCUGAGAAACUCAGAGCUGCUGAACGGUCUGCAAAAGAGCGCAAAGUUCGCAUAUGGAAAGAUUAUGUGGCACCUACAGCCAACUUGGACCAGAAGGACAGACAGUUUGUUGCCAAGGUGAUGCAGGUGGUCAAUGCUGACGCCCUCGUGGUCAAGCUCAACUCUGGAGAAUAUAAAACCAUCCAUCUGUCCAGCAUUCGCCCCCCGAGGAACGAGGGAGAGGAGAAGAACAAGGACAAAGACAAACGAUUCCGUCCUCUGUAUGACAUCCCGUACAUGUUCGAGGCCCGGGAGUUCCUCAGGAAGAAGCUCAUCGGUAAAAAGGUCAAUGUCACAGUGGACUACAUCAGAGCUGCCACUGGUCCAGGAGAAGGAACACCUGCCUUCUCAGAGCGCACCUGUGCCACAGUGACAAUCGGAGGAAUUAACAUAGCCGAAGCUCUGGUCAGUAAGGGUCUGGCCACAGUCAUCAGGUAUCGACAGGACGAUGACCAGCGCUCCUCUCACUAUGAUGAGCUGCUCGCUGCAGAGGCACGGGCCAUCAAAAACGGAAAGGGGCUGCACAGCAAAAAGGAGGUCCCCAUCCACAGAGUGGCUGAUAUCUCGGGGGAGACACAGAAAGCCAAGCAGUUCUUGCCUUUCCUGCAGAGAGCAGGCCGGUCAGAAGCUGUUGUCGAAUAUGUCUUCAGUGGAUCUCGUCUUAAGCUGUACAUGCCCAAAGAGACCUGUCUCAUCACAUUCCUUCUUGCUGGUAUCGAAUGUCCACGUAGUUCCCGGAACACGCCUGGUGGAAUGCAGAUGGCCGAACCCUUCAGCGAUGAAGCCAUGCUGUUCACUAAAGAGCUGGUGCUACAAAGAGAGGUUGAAGUUGAAGUGGAGAGCAUGGACAAAGCGGGCAACUUCAUUGGCUGGCUGCACAUUGAAGGCGUGAAUCUGUCUGUGGCACUGGUAGAGACCGCUCUGUCCAAGGUCCACUUCACAGCAGAACGCAGCGCCUACUACAAAGCGCUGGUUUCAGCCGAGGAAGCAUGUAGACAAAAGAAAGAAAAGAUCUGGGCCAACUACGAGGAGAAGCCUGUGGAGGAGGUUGUGCACGUCUCUGAGGAGAAGGAGCGUGUGGCCAACUACAGACCCGUAUAUGUGACUGAAAUCACAGACACCUUGCACUUCUACGCCCAGGAUGUGGAGACAGGAGGCCAGUUGGAGAGUCUGAUGGAAACCAUGAGAGCGGAGAUCGCUGCCCAUCCUCCCGUUGAAGGGUCUUACUCGGCACGGAGAGGAGACUACUGCCUAGCCAAGUUCGCUGAUGGUGAAUGGUACAGAGCCAGAGUGGAGAAAGUUGAGUCACCGGCAAAGGUUCACGUCUUCUACAUCGACUAUGGCAACAGAGAAGUUGUGUCGAGCACCCGUCUGGCUGCCAUGCCUCCCGCCUUCAGCACCAGGACCCUGCCAGCACAGGCCACGGAGUACACCUUCGCCUUCAUCCAGGUCCCACAGGACGAGGACGCCCGUGCUGAUGUGGUGGACUGUGUGGUGCGGGACAUCCACAACACCCAAUGCCUGCUGAACGUGGAAUACUCAGGGGCCACCUGCCCACACGUCACAAUACAGUUUGGGGACACCAAGGAUGACGUGGGCCUGGGCUUGGUCAAAGAGGGCUUGGUCAUGGUGGACGUCCGCAAGGAGAAGCACCUGCAGAAAAUGGUGACAGAGUACCUGAACAGCCAAGAGUCUGCCAAGAGUGCCAGGCUUAACAUUUGGCGCUAUGGAGAUUUCCGCGCAGACGAUGCAGAUGAGUUCGGAUACCGCCGUUAAGGAGAUAAAAAACUAAAGCAACCAUCCAGUUAACGCCAUUCCAAAGACCGACAUGGACAGGAAGCGAUGCAUUGACGAAAAGAUUAACCCAAACGACAAGCAUGGACUCACUCUUCCUCCUUUUAGACAUCUCAUCCCUUCUGUCUGGCUUCUCUUCCACUUGAGCAUAAUUUUUAUCAUUUCUUUUCUCCAGCUUGCUCCUUCAGUGAUGCUUAAAAAUUUCAUGAUAUAAUUACUUUCCAUGUAUUCUCUAUUUCCUAAUCAGCCCCUUAAAGCUAGAGCAAUCUGCACUGUUGCCAAUCUGUUAUUUGCCAUGUUAUCUUGUCAGCAAAUUUCCUGUGUGAAUGAUAUUAAGUGUGUUUCAGCCAAUCAUGUUCUUUAAACGUGAGGUUCUAUCCCAAUCCCAGCUUUAUCCUUCGCUAGAAUGGAACGGUUGCUUUUUUUUUGUUUUUUAAGGUAAACGCUCAAUUUUUCUCCUUAGCAAAUGCUUCCCUAAUGAAAUGUGUGAUUAUGUUGAAAGGUGUAAAUUCCUUUGUUUUAGAGACGUAGUGCAGGUGAAGCCACACAGAUGAGAAAACGGAUGAAUUUAUUUUUUGUCUUAAGUGUAUAUUUCUGUGACACUUUUGCAGAUGUUUUUGUGGGGAGUGUUUUGUCGUUUAUUCACUCUCACUUCUUCUGACCAGUGAAUAUAGAUGCCUUCAUGUGGCAUUGCAUCAUCUCUCUUUCUGUAAAAGUUUACAUUCUAAUACUGGUGGUGAUCCUGUCUCUCGCAGUCUCUUCUCCUUCCGUCUCUUUAUGCCAUAUCAGAUACAGUGUUUGAUCUUGUUUCCAGGUAAUGAAUCUUUGCAUUCUAUUAAAAAUCUACGGAAUAAAAAAAUAAGCAAAGUACAAA